AUGAAGGACACAGUUUUUCUUGAUUUGGAUGAUCAAGGAAAUGAAGAUGGUGAAGAUGUGGAUUCACCAUGGGAAGGGCAGUUGUUUACAAGGGAAAACGCUUUGAUAACACAUGUCGAGCUUGGGUUGCUCCUUUCAACAGAGGUCUCCAAGUCUGGGGCUUCAGUGAUGGGUUUACGUGUUACUAAAGCUGUGAAGGAUUAUCCAAACGGCACACCAGUUCAGAUUUCCAUUGACCUCACAAGGAGGAAGCAAAAAUUGAGGCUUGAUAGGAUCAUUAGAACUGUCAUCACACUGACUUGCAACAGGUGUGGUGAUCCAGCAGCUGAGUCCAUUUUCUCCAAUUUCUAACUUCUCCUAACUGAUGAACCCGUUGAAGAACUUGAUAUCAUAAAUAUGGGAGUGAUAUAUGGAGACAAUUUUGACUUCAUACGGGAUUCGAUCAACUUUGAGGAUCAGCUGUAUUUCCGCCCUGAGGACAAAGAAAUAGACAUAUCCAAGCACAUAAGAGACUCGGUGCAUCUGGAGAUUACCAUUCUGUGUCUCAGUUGUGGUAAAAAUUUGAAUACUAGCAAUUGUAUUUGUCCUAAGCAGAAGGUAAAGAAGAUUACUUUUGGACCUCUUGGAAAUUUAAAGAAGCAAAUGCAGCAAAAAGAAGCAUUUACCUCAAACUGGAGUUCUGUUUGUAAAAUGAGAUGA